GCUUGGGCAGAAGAUGUAUUUGUGUGUUAGUGAAAGAAGAAAGUGGUUUUUGCAGGUGGGUUUUCCAUCGUCUCGACUGCAUGAUUCAGUCUCAAUUGCGGAUUUCACGGUGCAACUUCCAGACCAUUGACUUUGGGAGAUUCUAUACGUCUCUGCCAAACGGUGUGUGAAAAAUUGUGCAAUAACUUCAAUUAUCAAAGGGAAGAUCUCUAGUCAUUCUCCCAGAGACACAGUGACCAGUGAAGACGGUGGAAGUUUUGCGGAUAAUUUGCAAAUAAAAAAAAUGAAAGUAGAUCAACGUGUGACACUUUGGUGGCUUUUUCUCUCGUUGACCUGGAUUUACACAGUGAAUGGGAUUUAUCUUCAAAAUUCUACGCGACGUCCUGAUCGUCGUCAAGAUUCCGUGACCUCCUGGACAGACGCAGUGGACGAACAAGAUGGCCUUUGGUCGACCUUACUGACUGACUGGACAUUGAGUGAGGACCAAGAGGAUUCACAUCGAGAGGGAAAAGUUCUUCCAGUGACCAGAAAGUACAUCCCAACGUCAGGGUUCUUCGUAACCCGGCGACUUGGGGAGGAACUGGAAUUAGAACCACAUCGUCGGCAUCCUGGGAAAAUUCUAGACUUCAAUGCUCCCGCAAUGGAAGGGAAUGGCCCUAGAGAAGUCUCUGAGACAGAUCUCUAUCUCCUGGGAGCGAUUGAGAAACUCGUCUAUCGAGUGGACUACAUGGAGAAGCGCCUGAGAAGAACUGAACAGCUCCUCUACUACAUGAUGCAGGGAAAUAAUCAAAGAGAAGCAGAACACUGCCCAGAAAACUUCACAAGGGCAGGUGGAAAUUGCUAUCAUUUGGGAACAAAUCGAGAGAUAAAUUGGAAGGCUGCGAGUAGCUUUUGCAAAUCAAUGGGGGCUCAUUUGGCUGAAUUUGAGACAGUUGGGGAAUACAAGGAUGUGACUGAAUUCCUGCUCAAUCAGCCACCAUUCAGAGGGAAAGACUUCUGGCUUGGAGGACUCAAUCCAGGUCUCCUCUGGAUUUGGUCCCAUUCAGCUCGACCAAUAAAUCGAGACACAAAUCUAGCAGCCGUUGCUAAUUCAACGUCCACUGCUUCGGGCAAGGGCCCCAAGCCCUCGAAAAAGCCCCCAAUCAGCCAAACGGAGGAAAAGCUACUGAAUAUCAAAGGAACAGGGAGAUGCUUGAGACUUACCUUCAAUCCCAGCUCACACAACUACACGUACUUCGGUCAGGACUGCUCAGCUCGGCAGCACUACCUCUGUGAACACAUGGACAGGAAUCUGGAGAAUGAAAUAUCUCGGAUCUCUCGGCAAUUGCUGCUCAACUAGCUUUUAAUAUGUCAGCUUUUUUCUACAAAGACAAAAUGUACAAUUUUAUCCCA